CGGGGCAGGCCGGGAGGAGCGGCGGCGGGGCGGUGGCGGUGGCGGGGCGGCCAUGCUGCGGCGGAAGCCGACGCGGCUGGAGCUGAAGCUGGACGACAUCGAGGAGUUCGAGGGCGUCCGGAAGGACCUGGAGGGCCGCAAGAAGCAGCGGGAGGAGGCGGAGGCGGUGGCCGGCGAGGAGGCGGCGGCGGCGGCCACGGCGCUGGCGCUGGGCACGGAGCACAAGAGCCGCGAGCAGCUCAUCAACGACCGCAUCGGCUACAAGCCCCAGCCCAAGGCCGGCGGCCGCGCCGCGCACUUCGGCACCUUCGAGUUCUAGCGGCCGGCGCCGAGCCGGGGGGGGCUGCCCGGGGCUCUCCUCAGCGCGCCCGUGAGCGCCCCGCGGCUGCUUUGUGUUAAAUAAAUGUGUCCUUUUUUUUUAUUAGUAGGCCAACAAGUCACGCACGCCGCUGUGGAGGCCGGGCAGGCUGGGCCGGAGGCACCGGGCAUGCGGCCCCGGGGUGGCGCGGCCCUUCCCGCACCGGGCCGGUGGGACCCGGACCUCGGUGCCCGACCCCUUCAGCCCCGCUGGGGGCACGGGGCAGCCUCUGGCGUCUGACGGUCUUUGAAUAAAGGCCCUGGGUGUCGCGAAUCUGGGUCCCCCAGGCAAAGGUUCUCGUA